GUGACACAGAAACCAGGUCUUUGGGUCAUUUUUAGAGGCUUUAUUGCAUUUCUCUUCUCUCUCUCUUUUUCCCCCUUUACAAAAAGCAAGGCAUAACCACCCCCUCUCUUUAGAUUCUUCCUCUUCCUCCUCCCUUUUUCUUCUUCUCUUUGUUUUUCCCCCUUCUCUUUCUCAUCUAUCUGGAAGAGCCUCUCGUUUGUGAUCUGGGUUUGGCUUGGUUCCAUGUUUUUGAUCAUAUUCUGCCUGUAAUCUAGAAUUGAAUUUGGAUCAAUGACGAAGAUUAGUCCCGAGUUUGUAGAAACUGUGCAUAUGGAAGCAAUUUUGCCAGUUUCAGUUGAUGUUAGCUUUGCUUCCAAUCAAUUCCCAAAAUAUAAGUUAGGACCUGACAAUCAGAUUUUGGAAGAGCCUCAGGAUGAGGACCAGGGCCCGUCUCUUAAGGAGGUCAUUGGACAGGAAACUACCCAGUUGUCAGAGCAGCAUAAGCGACUCUCGGUUCGUGACCUUGCAUGUAAAUUCGACAAGAACUUGGCUUCUGCUGCUAAGCUGUCUGAUGAGGCAAAACUCAGAGAAGUACCUUCACUGGAGGGACAUGUUCUUUUGAAGAAGCUUAGAGAUGCAUUAGAGUAUUUGAAAGGUCGAUUGCCUGGGCGAAAUAAGGAGGAUGUGGAGAAAGCUAUCUCCAUGGUGGAAGCUCUAGCUGUUAAGUUGACUCAAAAAGAAGGAGAAUUGAUUCAAGAAAAGUUUGAAGUGAAAAAGCUGGCAACCUUUCUCAAACAGGCUUCUGAAGAUGCUAAGAGGUUGGUUAACCAAGAGAAAUCUUUUGCUUGUGCUGAGAUUGAAAGCGCAAGAGCGGUUGUGCAGAGAAUUGGGGAAGCUCUUGAUGAACAAGAACAAAAUUCCCAAGAAUCGAAAAAACAGGAUGUGGAGGGACUUGUAGACGAAGUUCAAGAGGCUAGAAGAAUUAAACUAUUGCAUCAACCAAGCAAGGUUAUGGGCAUGGAACACGAGCUUCGUGCACUAAGAGCUACAAUUAGAGAGAAGUCUAUAAUCUCGGCAAAGCUUCAAAGAGAGCUCACAAUAUGCAAAAGGGCCGCAGAGAACAAGUCUUGUUUAUACGUAUUGGAUGGUUCUGAAACUCUAGGUUCAUAUUUGAGAAUCAAAUGUGCCUCAGAUGCAGCACCCCCACUUUCGAAAUGUUCAAUUCAGUGGUAUCGAAUGUCAUCAGAUUGCAGCUGGAAGCAAGUCAUUUCAGGCGCAGACAAAUCGAUCUAUGCUCUGGAACCGCUUGAUGUUGGGCGAACCUUACAAGUAGAGAUAGUGUCUAAUGGCCAAAAACUCGACAUAAUGACAACAGGUCCCAUCGAUCCUGCUGCAGGGAUCGGAACUUAUGUUGAGAUGCUUUUGCGAAAAUCAAACUCCGAAUUCAAUGUUACAAUAUCCCAAAUGAAUGGGCAAGAUUAUGCAUCACAUUCUGUUCAUGUGUUUCAUGUUGGGAAAAUGAGAAUGAAGCUAUCAAGAGGCUGGAUUACGAAAGCUCGGGAAAAUUAUUCCUCGUCGAUGCAGUUAUGCGGAGUUCGAGAUGACCGAAGCACCGCAACCAAGGCACUGUUCUGGCAAGGAAGGAAGGGACUCUCGUUCGUGUUGACAUUCGAAUCAGAGCGGGAAAGAAAUGCUGCUAUCAUGCUUGCUAGGAAAUACGCCAACGACUGCAAUGUGAUGCUGGCUGGACCAGAUGAUCAAGUAUAGAAGUAAAAGCUAACCAACUGAUUUUUCUGUUAGAAAUCUAAGUUUUUUUUUCUUUUUUCUUUUUUGGAAUUAAUUUUGAGAGCAAGCUUUAUUUAGGAGUGAUAGUAAUAUGGGUUGUGAGUGAAGAAAAUUUGGCUUAUUUUUAUUGUAUUUUUUUUUUUUACUUUUUUUUCCACUAAUUAGGUUGAGUUGUUUUAGGCAUCCUUUUUUAUUUGCCUAAUCAUCUGUUGUAACAAAGCUUUCAAGUUUAUAAUCAAUUGGUUCAUUUGUGAUUCA